AGAAAUGUUCACUUGGAAGCGCCAGCUGCUGCUGGUGCUGUUCACUGCCGCUGUUGUGCCGCAGUCUACCGACAUUGUGUGCCGUAACUGCGAAGUUGGCGGAUGCGUGGCGGUUCAGCGUGCAGAUGGCGGCUGCCCAGGGUGUAUUUGCAAUGGACUUUUGAUGUCAGAUUGCGCACAGAUCAACUGCUCCUCAACCUGUGACGCAAAACUAACUUCGGACGGAUGCAUGGAAUGUUUCUGCAUUGAUACCGACCAGAAAGUUUGCGAUGCCAUCCCGGCAUGCCCUUCUCGCUGCCAAAUGCAACUUGGGAGUGGAUGCCCGCGUUGUACCUGUCCGGAGGAGCUGCAAGUCCAGUGUCCAAAGAUCACAUGCCCUCCUACGUGUACUAGCAUCAUAAAAGAAGAUGGUUGUCCUGGGUGCGACUGUCCACCAAGCGAUAAAGUUUGCCCUGAAAUGCCUGCUUGUCCUUUAGGAUGUAUAGAUACCCUGAAAGGAACAGAAGUUUCCGGUUGUCUUGACUGCAAUUGCACGUUACUUGAUAGGCUGGUAUCACAGAAUCAGGUGCUGCCCGACCGGGAAGAAGGAACUCCUCCUUCGAUUGACUUCGACGCUGAGUUUGUCACGGUGUCCGUAGACGAUGGGCUCCUCACUACCGUGAAUGACGUCAUUCGACCGACGACUACAAAUUCAAACCCCACUACGAAGGAAGAUGUUGAUCAAAUGACGAGGCCAACUACUGCGAAUAAUGUUCCAGAUGCGGCGAAUCCCAAUACUCCUUUCAGUAAUGACCCGACCAACAAUCCUAACACACCAAACACCCCUACUGCACCAAACAACGAUCCUAACGCACCAAACAGCAAUCCCAACGUACCAAACAGCAAUCCUAAUGCACCAAGCAACGAUUCUAACGCACCAAACAGCAGUCCUAACUCACCAAACAGCAAUCCAAACGCACUAAGCAGCAAUCCCAACGCACCAAACAGCAAUCCCAAAGCAGCAAACAACAAUCCCCACUCACUUAACAAUCCUAGCGAACCAGACAAUCCUAACGUCCUAAACAACAGUCCAAACCCCCAAAACCCCAACACCAGUUCCGUAAACAAGAAUCCUAAUUUUCCCUUCGACUUUCCCCUCAUUCCCGUGACAAGGCCAAGCUCCCAAACCGAAAAUCCGAAUAAUCUCAACAGGCCAAUUAAUCCAAGUACGAUAGGAAAUCCUGCCGUACCCGGGUCUCAGGGUGUCCCAAAUCCAGGACUAGGCAACCAAGGACAAUUUAAUCCAGGACCAGGUAACCAAGGACAAUCUAAUCCAGGACCAGAGAACCAAGGACAAUUUAAUCCGGGACCAGUCAGCCCAGGACAAUUCAAUCCAGGACCAGGCAACCAAGGACAAUUUAAUCCAGGACCAGGCAACCAAGGACAAUUUAAUCCAGGACCAGGCAACCAAGGCCAAUUUAAUCCAGGACCAGGCAACCAAGGCCAAUUUAAUCCAGGACCAGGAAACCAAGGACAAUUUAUUCCAAGACCAGGCAACCAAGGACAAUUGAUUCCAGGACUUGUCGGUCCAUCUCCAUUUCCCCAAGGCCUCGGCAAUCCAGGCCAGUUUCCUCAAGGUCCCGGAAAUUUAGGGACAUCAAAUUCAGCACCACCAGGCGCCCCUCGGAUUGGCCCUACUCGCCACAGACCCAACAUACCCUGCGGUGACACUUCGUGCCCCCCUGGCUGCGUCCUGUGUAUCCAAAGGAAUUCCUGCGGCCGCUGCCUCUGUGGAGACUCAGCUAGGGUCUGUCCCGCCGUCCCUGCCUGCCGCCCCUCGUGCAUCACUCAAGGAAGAGGGGGAUGUUUCACUUGUUCGUGCCCGAGCUCUGGGGCUCAAUCUGGGUCGACCAGUCCUGGUCCACAACAAGGACCUGGGUUCUUUGGCCCCGCUUCGCCAUCUGAAUUUUUCGGUCCAGGGAUUCCUUCUCAAUCUGGGUUAUUUGGACCGGGUUUGCCUCCAAGGACUGGGUUUUUCGGUCCGGCUUCAGGGCUACCCUCGGGCCAGGGGUUCGUUCAAGGACCUGAUGCGAUUGGCGCGUUCGGGCCCGUGGUUCGAGUAUCUGUGGGACGGCCUGACUUCCACGGCAAGCCCGUGAGUCGGCGGGGUCAAAGCCCAGGACUCGUCGCGAUUCAAAACAUCCCCGCCGAGCUUCUGGGGGUCAGUAGGUUCCAUGUUCAGGGUUAGUUAUUUGGAGUUCUGCAGUGAUGGCUGUAUGUUAACAAUUAUUAAUGGAAACAAUGUUCAUAGUGAUGAAUAAUCAAAGGGGUCAUUGGCACAGCCUGCAGAAGUAAGUAAUCUUUGCCAUCUACUUAAUUAUUAGUGAAUAAAGUCCACUCUUCUGUCAUUUUAAUUGUAUAUUUACGAUAAUCGUGUACUGGGCUAUUAUCAUCAGAAUCAUCUAAAUUUGGCUGCAAGUAGAUAACUCUUAAGUAAUCGGCAUCUCUUGUAUUGUAGAACAAAAUAAAUUUUCCUUCAG